AUGCUUGCCUUUACGGUCUGCAUGAAAUACUGGGAUCAAUAUAAACCAAUCUAUCGUAUCCCAGGCCCAAUCUAUCGUAUCCCAGAUCCAAUCAGAUACGACCUUAACGAAGAAGAGGAAGAUGAAAAUUGGAAGAAGGUCUUCCACACAAGAUAUGGCGACUUCGAACUUGAUUUCGACUGGAACGGCUAUGAGUACAAUGAAGAGGAAGAUGAAAACUGGAAGAAGGUCUUCCACACAAGAUAUGGCGACUUCGAACUUGACUUUGACUGGAACAGUGCUGAAGAAGAAGACGAUGACAACUGGAAGAAGAUUUGGCACACAAAGUAUGGCGACUUCGAAUUUGAUUUCGACUGGAACAGUGCUGAGGAAGAAGACGACGACAACUGGAAGAAGGUCUGGCACACAAAGUAUGGCGACUUCGAAUUUGAUUUCGACUGGAACAGUGCUGAGGAAGAAGACGACGACAACUGGAAGAAGGUCUGGCACACAAAGUAUGGUGACUUCGAAUUUGAUUUCGACUUGAACGACUACGAGUACAACGAAGAAGAGUACGAUGAUGACAACUUGAAAGUUGGCUUCUACUACAAGCUCCCAGGAAAGUUAGGAAAGAUCGGUUUCUCAUAUGAACUCAAUGAAGAGGAAUAUGAUGAUGACAACCUCAGAAUCGGCCUCUACUACCACCUUCCAAAGCCAUGGGGCAAAAUUGGCAUUUCCUAUGAGCGCAACGAAGAAGAGUACGAUGAUGACAACUUGAAAGUUGGCUUCUAUUACCACCUUCCAGGAAAGUUAGGAAAGAUCGGUUUCUCAUAUGAACUCAACGAAGAGGAAUAUGAUGACGACAACUUCAGAAUCGGCCUCUACUACCAUCUCCCAAAGCCAUGGGGCAAAAUUGGCAUCUCUUACGAGCACAAUGAGUAUGAGUACGAGGAUAACUUUCCAAGGAUCUACUACCCAUACUUUUAA